GGAACAAUCUAUGAAUCUGGUACUGACACAUGCCUGCCAAUUGAACAAUGCCGGAACCAAAAAAGGUCCUUGGUAGAACUACCGGUUCCCUCAAUGCCCCCAUAGCAGCCUUUACCAUGGCUAUUCUCCUCUGCUCGUACUGCAUCAGUUCGAUCCGCUCUGCGCGUCGCGAGGCGGCGAAUCCUCAUCCAGCUGGCCAGGAUGAUCAUCCGCGUUCGUAUCGGGAACGAUCAUCUGUAUCUCUCCGGUCGGAGUCGUGGGUGCAGCAGGCUCUUGAGGAAAGUAAGGAGGCAGAAAAGAGGAAGAAAGCAUAAGUGCUGUACAUGAAUGAAUUUGCAUUAAUCAAAACAUCCCUACGCCCGGCCUAUUGUCUAUAAGGAGAAAAGGGGUCUGUUCACGGUAUUGGUCAUAUUUGUAUGUCCACAAUGAAUAGAUAAGAAACUGAAGAAAACAUAUGUAUGCUCUGCGUCGAGAGGCAGCGGGCGAAAAGAAAUGCAAAGGUGCAAUGCCCACAGUAAAAGGGGGCUUAGAAAUCUUCUGCAAGAAGAGAAAUAGAAAAAAAAAAAACAAAGCAAAACAAAACAUCUGUAUGUGAUAACAGGUGAUAAACCAGGUGCCCUGGCAAACUACCCUUUGCGCAUCUCAAAGCCUUUACUCAACAAAACAUAAAAGCCCAUCAAAGCAACGCUAUCUAUCCUGUUGAGAAAAUAAAAAGAGCCCUUGGUAAAACGUGUCCCUCUAAGUGCGUCGUAAGGAGUAGUCAAGAUCUUGAUGUUGGGUUUUCGAGGUCCUCGAAUGGAAAUCGUAGAUAGAGGCAAGGAGGUUGCUGACCGUUGAAGUCAACGAGAGGACAUAUAUCAUGGUUCCUCAAAAUCUUGUUCACUAAUCUCCGUCU